AUGGCCUCAGCCGCUUCCCUGACCAGCUUGGCAGACGAGGUCAAUUGCCCCAUCUGCCAAGGCAUCUUGAGGGAACCUGUUACCAUCGACUGUGGUCACAACUUCUGCCGAGGCUGCCUCACCCGAUUCCUGGAGAUCUCAGGCUCGGACCCUGAGGAGAACCCCACCUGCCCUCUCUGCAAGGAGCCUUUCCGCCCAGGGAACUUCCGACCCAACUGGCAGCUGGCCAGUGUGGUGGAGAACAUCGAACGCCUCCGGCUGGUGCCCACAUCAGACUCAGAGGAGAGGGACGUUUGCAGAGAGCACAGGGAGAAGGUCUACUUCUUCUGCGAGGAUGAUGAGAUGCAACUGUGCGUGGUAUGCCGGGAAGCUUGGGAGCACCGGUCCCACACCGUGCGUUUCCUGGAGGAUGCAGCAGGGCCUUAUAGGGAACAAAUUCAGAAGUGUCUUGAGAGUCUAAGAAAAGAGAGAGAAGAGAUACAAGGAAUCCAGUCAAGAGAAAAUCAGAGGAUACAAGUCCUCCUGACUCAGGUGGCGACCAAGAGACAAAAAGUGAUUUCUGAGUUUGCACAUCUGAGCCAGUUCCUGGAGGAACAGCAGGGCAUCCUCUUAGCUCAACUGGAGAGACUAGAUGGGGACAUCUUGAAGCAACGGGAUGAGUUUGAUGCCCUGGUCACUGGGGAGAUCUGCCGGUUUAGUGCUCUGAUUACAGAACUGGAGGAGAAGAGCGAGAGGUCAGCAAGGGAGCUCCUGAUGGAUAUCCGAAGUACUCUUAUAAGAUGUGAAACCAGAAAGUGUCGGAAACCAGAAGCUGUGUCCCCUGAGCUGGGCCAGAGGAUUCGGGACUUCCCCCAUCAGGCUCUCCCGCUGCAGAGAGAGAUGAAGAUGUUUUUGGAAAAACUCAGCUUUGAAUUGGAUUAUGAACCAGCUCACAUCUCUCUGGACCCUCAGACAUCCCACCCUAAGCUUCUGCUGUCUGAGGAUAACCAGCAGGCUAAGUUCUCCUACAAAUGGCAAAAUUCUCCAGACAACUUUCGUCGUUUUGACCGGGCCACCUGUGUCCUUGCCCAGGGUGGCUUCACUGAGGGGAGGCAUACCUGGGUCGUGAGUGUGGACCUGGCCCACGGGGGCAGCUGCACCAUCGGUGUGGUGAAUGAGGACGUGCAGAGGAAGGGGGAGCUGAGACUGCGGCCGGAAGAGGGCGUGUGGGCAGUGAGGCUGGCCUGGGGUUUUGUUUCUGCUCUGGGCUCCUUCCCCACAAGACUGACCCUGGAGGAGCAGCCCCGGCAGGUUAGGGUGUCUCUUGACUAUGAGGUGGGCUGGGUGACCUUUGUCAAUGCUGUCACCCAAGAGCCCAUCUACACCUUCACUGUCUCCUUUACCCAGAAGGUCUUCCCAUUUUUUGGGCUUUGGGGUCGAGGGUCUAGUUUAUCUCUGAACAACUGA